AUCGAUAUAGAGAGUCCCACAAAUUAAAGUCUAUUUCUCCCCUUCUGUUUUUACCACACAUCAUUAAUUCUCUCUUUCUUUCUUGCUAAAUUCUGGUUGUAAGCCAUUGAUUUGAUCUCCAUGCUAUUAUCCAAGGACACAUGAUUAUUACAUACACGAAUAAAGAAUAUGUCUCUUUAGCACGCCACUCCCACUUCACCUUCUUUACGUAAUUUUUCCAUUCUGAAAUCUUUCAUUAGUGAAGCAAUGGAGCUAGUGGAAACAUAAACACGUCGUCAAGAUUUGCCAACUAAGUUGUCUUCUCUUUACUUCUACCGUUUAGUACUUUCUUUUUUGGGUCUUCAAUUGAUCAUAAACAACGCCUUUUCGCCGCUUAUUUGGUAUUUAAUAAGGAAAAAAUGGGUCUAUUACGACCGGAAAAGUUGGUUAUGAGCUAAAAGUCUUGUCGUUAAAAGUAUACGAUCGGAUUUGACUGCAUAAGAAUUUUUCCAAUGCUAAAACUAAAUUAUGGAUGGAGUUUGGGAAUGGGGAAAAAAUAUGAUCUUUUCAUUAGGGGAGGAGACAAUUUUUUGAGAAUUGAGGGGAAGAGAAGAAAUGAAAUACAGAGGAGUCGUUUGAGCUGCUGCAGUAGCAUUGACUGUGGGCGAGUUAUAACUGCGACUGAAAAUAGUUUUAGUUAUAGUUUGCCAAUGGCAGCUGCUGCAGUUGAAGAAAAUGAGGGAGAGGAAUUUGUGAAGAAGAUGAGAGAAAUUCAGCCAUAUUUUCUUGCACACAGGGGUAGAACAUUUGUCCUUGUUCUAUCUGCUGAGAUCAUUGACAGUCCUUAUUUGUCUUCUUUACUCAAGGAUAUUUCUCUACUUCAUGGCUUGGGAAUCAAGUUUGUUCUUGUACCUGGAACUCAUGUCCAGAUUGAUAGCUUUCUGGCUGAUAGGGGAAGUGAGCCCAAGUAUGUAGGCCGCUACAGAGUUACAGACCCUGAUUCACUGAUGGCUGCAAUGGAUGCAGCUGGGAGAAUUCGUCUUAUGAUAGAGGCAAAAUUGUCUCCUGGGCCGUCAUUGACUGGUGUCCGCCGACAUGGAGAAAAUAGUCGCUGGCAUGAUGGUGUUAGUGUUGCCAGUGGUAAUUUUCUAGCAGCAAAGAGGAGGGGAGUUGUAGAGGGAAUCGAUUAUGCAGCAACGGGUGAAGUAAAGAAGAUAGAUGUUUCUCGAAUUCGUGAGAGGCUUGAUCAGGACAGCAUCGUGCUAUUAAGCAAUCUUGGUUAUUCCAGCUCUGGAGAAGUUUUGAACUGCAACACAUAUGAAGUUGCUACAGCUUGUGCAUUGGCUCUAGGAGCAGAAAAACUGAUUUGUAUUAUAGAUGGUCCAAUUCUGGAUGAGUCUGGCCGUCUUAUUCGUUUCCUAACUCUUCAAGAUGCUGACAUACUGGUUCGCAAACGAGCAGAGCAAAGUGAGACAGCAGCUAAUUAUGUAAAAGUUGUCAGUCAAGAGGACUUCAAUUGUUCAGGUCACAAUGAUUCCAAUGGAUCAAUCCCCUACAAUAUGAAUGGUUUUAGCCAACAAUACAGUGUCACAUUUCAGAACGGUGUUGGUUUUGACAAUGGGAAUGGGCUUUGGUCUAGUGAACAGGGUUUUGCCAUUGGAGGACAAGAGAGACUAAGCCGAUUAAAUGGUUAUCUUUCAGAGUUAGCUGCGGCUGCUUUUGUGUGCAGGGGAGGUGUUCAAAGAGUUCACCUGCUGGAUGGUACUAUUGGUGGAGUUUUACUAAAGGAAUUGUUCCAAAGAGAUGGAGUUGGGACAAUGGUAGCUAGUGAUCUUUAUGAAGGAACACGAAUGGCUCGGCUGUCAGAUAUUCCCGGGAUCAAACAAUUAUUACAACCUCUAGAAGACUCUGGAACAUUGAUCAAAAGGAGUGAGGAAGAGCUGGUGGAGUCGUUGCACUCAUUCAUUGUUGUGGAGAGAGAAGGCCAUGUUAUAGCUUGUGCUGCUCUCUUUCCUCACUUUGAAGAAAAAUGUGGAGAGGUUGCUGCUAUUGCCGUUUCUCCUGAUUGCCGUGGCCAAGGACAGGGAGACAAAUUACUUGAUUACAUUGAGAAGAAGGCAUCUGCCCUUGGAUUGCAAAUGUUGUUCCUCCUUACAACUCGCACAGCUGAUUGGUUUGUGAGGCGUGGCUUUUCUGAAUGUUCCAUCGACCAUAUACCAGCAGAAAGAAGGAAAAAGAUCAAUCUUUCUCGUAGGUCGAAGUAUUACAUGAAGAAGCUGCUACCUGAUAGGAGUGGUAUACGUUUUCAUAACAACACAAGGGGUUUCUGAUUGUAUAUGUAGUGCCUCUGCAAUAAGCUGGAUUUAAUGGACAAUCCUUGUUAUUCUGUGACAGUUUAAGUGUAAGAAUCAUAGCAAACAAGUGUAAAAUAAUUAUAAACAUAAAAAUUUUACAUCCCCAGGUAUGUAACAUUAUCUGCCUUGCUUGUCUCUA